AUGCCAGUCCAAGAUCGGAAACAGGGGAAGACAGAUCCAUGCUUGAGUGUUUCUACAUAUUUCAAUGGUAACUUGGCUUCCGUUCAAUUUCAGCCUUCCUACGUCUUGGAAACCCUCAUCAUCUUCUAUGAAGCACGCGCAAUAUUCCACAAAUAUGUCUCCCUGCGAAACGACUGGGAGGUGGAUCACUACCUCGCUUAUCUGGAUUCUGAGCCCAAAGCUGCGCCCAUAGUUCGUUGGGCUGAUGUUGCCAACGAUGGACGUGUCUUGGAGUACGGUACGCUUGACCAGACUGGCCCAGCCUCUCGGUUGUAUCUUGUAUUAGCAAAGUUCGUAUCGCUAGAGAAAGUGCGAGUCUUCAAUGUUCGUCAUUGUUAUCCCCACACGAUCUCUAUGCCAUAUCCAAGGUAUCGGUUGAACUUCGAGGGAGCCAUGUUUCCCACUGGAAAGGAUCCCAUGCCCCUCUUGCAAGCAUACGAACUUCAUCUGAAUCCAUCCACAAGGGUGAAUCCUUUCCAAACGAUUCCUUCGCAUCACAUCCGUUCACUACGUCUAUCAGGAGAUUGUCGUUUCAAGGAAACGGCUUUUCCUGCCCUGCGCCAUCUCACCAUUCGGGGCGUUACAAGCAAUGCCUUUGAUCAGAUACGCUUCAACACCAGUUUUCCCAACUGUCAACUCGACUCCUUUAUCCAUGCACAAGGUCAUCGACUUGGUUUCGAAAUCAGAAACGUUCAUCUGGAAUCCCUCCUGGCGGGGCCCGGGUCACAUCUUCGUAAACUCGUCCUAUUGGGUAGUAGCCGGCUCUCAAGUGCAACCAUCGCUUCAUGCCUCCGCAGUUUGCCCACGUUAGAGUACUUUGCUUUCUCGCUGGUGACUGUAAAUGAGCUGCGUGAAAACUUUAUUCUAGCUCUGGGUCCCUCGCUCCGAGUGCUCAAGCUACAAAUAACUCAUGCAUGGUAUGCAUUACCGCUAUUCGAAGAAGAGCAGAUUAUUUGCGAUACGAUAGAGGAGGGCAUUCUGCUUCGGCACUUGCCCCAUAAAGUGGAGCAUGUCUCAUUUUAUAGUCAGUUGAUGGCCGAGCAUAGCCGAGAAGACAGGUGGAGGAACAUUGCCGCUGCACAGCACAUAUCACUAAAGAUAGGACCCUGGGAAGACGAGGAGGAAACAUAA